UGUCUCAUCUUCAACCUCCAAAGUCCAAAGCGUUGAUCCUUAUCCAGUUUUCCUUCAAUGGCAGAGGGCUUAGAGAAGGACGUCAUGACCACCGCAACUAGGAGGGUGGCCUCCAUCGCCAACCACCUCAUUCCGGCCCAUUUAUCUCCCGGCUCCGCUGCAAUUUCUCUCUCCAACGCCUCCAUGAACGACAGCUACCACCGCACCCACGGCGAGGUUUCGACUCACCGAGUUGUUUGGGAAAAUGCUCGCGACGUUUCCGGCGACGAAUUCACUGAUAUUAUAUACGAGAAAGCCGUCGGCGAAGCCAUUGCAAAGGUUACGAUUAAUAGGCCGGAGAGAAGAAAUGCGUUCCGGCCGCAGACUGUGAAGGAGCUGAUUCGCGCGUUUAAUGAUGCCAGGGACGACGGCUCCAUAGGCGUCGUCAUUCUUACCGGGAAGGGAACCAAAGCAUUCUGCAGUGGCGGUGAUCAGGCUUUGAGAGGAAAAGAUGGUUAUUCUGAUUACGAUGAUUUUGGCCGUCUUAAUGUGUUAGAUUUGCAGGUCCAGAUUCGACGUCUUCCAAAGCCAGUAAUAGCCAUGGUGGCUGGUUAUGCUGUUGGGGGAGGACAUGUGUUACACAUGGUCUGUGAUCUAACCAUUGCAGCAGACAAUGCUAUUUUUGGCCAGACUGGUCCUAAGGUUGGAAGCUUUGACGCUGGUUAUGGGAGUUCCAUCAUGUCCCGUUUGGUCGGGCCUAAAAAAGCACGAGAAAUGUGGUUUAUGGCAAGGUUUUACACAGCUGCUGAAGCAGAGAAAAUGGGACUUGUUAACACUGUUGUACCGCUGGAGACUUUAGAGCAAGAAACGGUUAAAUGGUGUCGAGAAAUGCUAAGAAACAGCCCAACCGCGCUUCGGGUGCUGAAGUCUGCUCUUAAUGCAGUUGACGACGGUCAUGCUGGACUGCAGCAACUUGCUGGAGAUGCCACGCUCUUAUUCUAUGGCACUGAGGAAGGUAACGAGGGGAAGACGGCUUAUAUGCAGCGCAGACGUCCAGAUUUCUCAAAGUUUCCCAGGAGACCUUAAUGCUGAGCACUUUCCCAGCAGACUUGGACCCCUUAACCACUUUUUCCAUCCUCAGUACAGCAGCAAUGGCCAGAAGCUGCUGCAAUACGUGCUACGGUGCAGGUGUGUAUUGAGUUGGGAUGUCAGGAUGUGGAGGUUGAAUCAGAUUCUCAUAUGCUCAUUCGAAUGCUUAAUGGGGAAUAUGCAAUUGAUCCUACUUUGGAGUGCUUUAUUUAUGAUAUUGGGCUGUUAGUAGCUAUAACAUAAGAGGAUGACAGAAAAAGAGAGAGAGGGAUACUGAUAUUAUUUCUAUUCUUUCUUUCGCGAGUCUGUUUUAAUAGCACACGAAGUGUUAUAUUUAUAGAGCAACUCCCGUAAUAAUAAUCAUCCAAAUACAAUGAUGACACUGUUGAAAGUAUCAAAUACUAUUCCCAAGUCUUUAUUUCUU